AUGACGUCCAAAAGGGCCGCCAAGGGCGAGUACAUCGAGACUGACACAGGCAACAAAGUCUCGCGGCGCUCGCAAAUAAUCGGCACAACCAACAUAAUCCUCGGUGGCAAAACCGUUAUCCAAGCCGAAGUCAUAAUCCGCGGCGACUUGCUGCGCGCGCACCAGAACAGUGCGGAGAAGCAAGGGUCUCCUGUUGCGGUUGCGAUUGGGAGGUAUUGCUUCUUUAGCAAGGGGUGUGAAUUGCGGCCGCCGGGGAAGGUUUAUAAGGGGUGGUUCUCGCACUACCCCCUAAAAAUCGCAGACCACGUCUUCAUCGGCCCGUCGUCCGUCAUCGAAGCAGCGCUCAUCGGCUCGCACGUCUCGAUUGGCGCCAACUGCACGAUUGGCAAGUUUGCCAUCAUUAAGGACUACGUCAAGGUUCUCGAUGGGACCGUGGUGCCGCCUAACAUGGUCGUGCCGAGUUUCUCCAUCGUGGCUGGGAGGCCGGGACGCGUUGUGGGCGAGAUUGCUGAGGGCGAGGUGGAGGGUAUGGAUCUGAGGGAGGUUUAUAGGGGGAUUGGAAAUGGUUGA